CAAACAAUCAAACGUCAUUUUGUCAAACUGUCGCACAUAUUUUAUGAAUUUAAAUUAUUAACCAAAGCUAAAUUUCAUCUGUAAAAAAAUAUAUAGCAAUAGUGUUAUUUUUUAUUAUUAAAAUUUAAAACUUUUAAAAUAUAAAUUUCGUUGAACGACCAUUUUGUGAUAAAACAAGAUGGCGACGUGUGCGAUGCGCACGGGAUGGCUUGCAUCGGCAGGAACGUCGAAAUACUCAUCAAUUUGCCCAAAAAUCUUGCAAAGUGCUCUUGUCUACCCCAAUGUUCCGAACUCAACUACUAUUCUCACACAAAAAAGGUCCUUGUUCGUGCUACCGAUCGGUCUUGAUGUUGGGAUACUUGGAAUCACGGCGUAUUUUAUAACAAGAUUAAAAAAGGCAGACCCUACUAAUGUCGCACAGAUAUUUGGACCUGAUCCGUGGAGUAAGGAAAGUGAAUUACAUCCAGAAAAAGUGGUAAAAUGUAUCGCCCAUAGAGGGGCGAGCUUAGAUGCUCCAGAAAACACUAUGCAGGCUUUUAAAUACUGCGUAGAUAGAGAUUGUAACUUUGUGGAGCUGGAUGUCAGGUCGUCUCGGGAUGGUCAUUUGGUGCUCCUGCAUGAUGAGGGAUUGGGUCGAUUAACCGGUACGGAGAUAAACAAUGUCCAUGUUAUGGAUUGGGAUGAGAUCAAGAAUAUUGAUAUUGGAGCUAAUCAUCCAAACAGGCAACAGUUUAAAGAGGUGCACCUAUGUUUGUUGGAUGACGCACUCAAAUACCUCCUGGCUAAUGAUGUUAGAGUCAUAAUUGAUGUCAAGGGUGAAGACAAAGAGGUGGUGGAAGGUAUUGUGAAGGCGUUUUCUGACCAGCCGACAUUGCACCAACGUGCUGUGGUUACAAGCUUCAAUCCUUUUGUUUUAUAUAGGAUUAGGCACAAAAAUCCUAAGAUUGUAGGCGCGAUGAGCUACCGUCCUUAUUGUUUUAGCGCGCAGGACUAUGACGCUGAGAAUGGACCUAGCAAUCCUAGGUUCGGUGGUAACAUGCUGGUACAGGGUGCGCUGCGGUUGGCGGAUUGGGUACACGCGCGCGCUUGGCGACUUUGCGCGCGCUGGUGCGGUGUCAGCGCGGUGUUACUGCACAAGGAUAUUGUACACCCUAGCGAGGUGCAGUACUGGAGGUCGCGCGGCGUGCGCUGCGCCGGCUGGUCUGUCAACCGGCCGCUCGAAAAGCUGUAUUGGCGCGGUGUGCUGCGCGCCCCGUACCUCGCUAGUACACUGCUGGGAGAGCCCGAUGUAGAUGACCAAAGGCGUGUCGAAAAGCGAGCCGUUAAAGAGGUCGAAUAAGAUUCUAAAUUCAAAUUGUAUUUGAAUUGUUUUUUAAAAAAGAUUUGGUGUGUUCGUUAUGCAGUACAAGUUUGUGCAAUAAUUUUAAAGAAAAUUAUUUGUUUUGUCGAAGUUUCCUAUUUUUUUUUAAAUCGAGUCUAGUCUGACAAAGUAUAAUCUAUGACUUUUAAAAUGGUUUCAUUUUUUUGUAACUUCACUUUGACAUUUGACUUGGCGGGUGAUAUUUUCCAGUUUUUAAAUUGCUGCAGCUAUUCACGCUUGCAACUUAAGUGUCGGCAGGGAUUUGAUUUCUGUUGUAAGGU